AUGGGUCGCGACAAGUCACGGAGGCUGUCGGGCAGCCGAGACUUCCGGCAGCGGCUGGUGCUGGCGACGCUGACCUCCACCCCGAUCACCAUCAAGGACAUCCGCGCCGGCGAGGGGGGCCUCCGCCCGCACGAGAUGUCCCUCCUCCACCUCAUCCACAAGGUCUCGGACCAGCACGUCAUCGACGUCAACGACACAGGGACCAAGGUCGGGUACAAGCCCGGGGUGGUCGUCGGCGGGAAGGACCUGGAGCACGACUGCGGGGCGCACCGCGGGAUCGGCUACUUCAUCGAGCCGCUCCUUCUGCUCGGCCUCUUCGCCAGGUCGCCCUUGUCGAUUCGUCUCAAAGGAAUCACAAAUGAUACAAAGGACCCUUCUGUGGAUACUUUCCGGAUGGUUACGUUGCAUAUGCUCAAGCACUUUGGCGUUCCUCUUGAGGGGCUGGAGCUCAAAAUUGAAAGCCGGGGAGCUCCUCCUCGUGGUGGUGGCGAAGUGCUUCUCCGAGUUCCCAAUAUAAACAGUACACUAAAGGCAGUUAAUUGGAUUGAUGAAGGAAUGGUAAAGAGGAUAAGAGGUGUAGCAUUCUCAACGAAUGUAUCUGCACAGAUUGUAACCCGUAUCUUCUAUGCUGCACGUGGACUCUUCAAUAAGUUCAUUCCGGAUGUUCAUAUCUUCACCGAUCAUAGAGCUAGUUCAUCUGGUGGAUGUGGAUUGUCAGCAGGCUAUGGCGUAUCUGUAGUUGCUGAGACCACAACAGGCUGUCUGAUUUCUGCAGAUGCUACUGUGAGCUAUCCCAAUGUUGAUGAAAUGAGUGAACAAUCUGAGAAGCCUGAGCUAAUGUCUCCAGAGGAUCUUGGUGAGCAAGUUGCAUCGAUGCUGCUAGAAGAGGUGGCUCAAGGAGGAGUUGUUGACUCAACACACCAGGGCCUUCUGUUCAUGCUGUGCGCUCUGUGCCCGCACGAUGUGUCAAAGGUUCGCGUGGGACAGCUGACACUGCGCGCUAUAGAAUCACUUCGAAACAUCAAGGAGUUCCUUGAUGUCAAGUUCAUCAUCAAGCCCGACCCAAACUCAAACACGGUCACUCUAAAAUGUGUUGGUGCGGGAGUGAAGAAUCUUGCUCGGAAGAUUUCAUAA